CUCUAUCCAAUAGCCAUGAGGACACGUCGACUUACGCCUAUCUGUCAGGCCUUAUGAAAUCCUUCCCCCUCCUCUCCUUAUCAUUUAUUAAAUUUAAUGCUUGCGCUUCUUCAUUAACUCCGCUUGUUAAUUAACUCCGCUUGUUAAUUUAAAUAAAUAAAAUUUUAAAAAAUAAUUUUAUAAGGCAGGCUGUAGAAGCUUUUAUUCUCGUUUAAUGCCUUUUGCCUGUUAACAUUAAUAAAAAUUAAUUAUAAAAUUUUAGAUGAUCAAACACAUUGUUACAACGGUAAAUACCGUUGUGCUCGUUUGUCUCACGUUGACGGAUGGUCGAGUGAUUUGGCCUAGAGAGCAGAGCGAAAUAUCUCCAUCGUAUUACGGUGGAAAAACAGCGAAAAAUCCUUUCGAGCUGUUCAAAAUAAUUGAUGUUGAUGAUGACGGUCAACUUGGCUUAGAAGAGGCUGCCGAUUGGUUUUCCCAGUUGAAAAAUCAGACUAAGGACGAUACUCUUGGAGAUGUAGAAUUCCGUAUGCUUUUCAAGGAGGCUGACGCGAAUAGUGAUGGAUUUAUUCAAUUUGAAGAGUUGGAUAAAGCGUUAAAACUGGCAUUUAAAAAUGAGUUUGAGAGCGAUGAGAGCGACGAAGAAGAUGUUGAGGAACGCGAAGAUGUUGAGAAGCGCGAAGAUGUUGAGGAACGCAAAGAUUCUCAUGUGAGUGAAAUGAAACCCUCCUCAGAUGAAUCAGCGAUUUCAAAACCUACAAAACUUUUUGAAAUAAUCGAUUCUGACAACGACGGUAAAAUCACUUUCGUAGAAGCAUCGGAAUGGUUUAGUAAAAUGAAGAAUCAGAGCAUGGACUAUACUAGUGAUGAUAAAGAAUUCCGUAAUCUGUUUAGAGCAACAGACAAAAAUGGUGACGGAUUCAUUCAACCCGAAGAAUUGAGACAAGUAGAGGUCCUAGCUAGAGCACUCGCGGCCAAUUUUCUUCCCAACAAGAAUUCAAUACAAGCCAUUGCUUCGGAACAAGCCCCUGCUAUGGAACCUCCUCAAAAUCAACCAAAAGAAUUAACUCCGCUUUAUUACGAUGUGAAGAAACUUUUCAAAAUAAUUGAUGUUAACAUGGAUGCCAAAAUUUCGUUUGAAGAGGCCGCCGAUUGGUUUUCAAAAGUGAAAAAUGAGACUAAAAGCGAUGCGCUUGGGGAUUUAGAAUUCAAUCUACUUUUCACUGAGGCUGACAAGAAUCAUGAUGGAUUUAUUGAAUUUGAGGAAAUGGAUAACGCGUUAAAACUUGUAUUUGAAAAUGGUACUGAUGUGAGUAAUGAAGAUGACAGUGAUGCCGAAGAGAACGUUUCCGAUGAAAAGGAAAACGUUUCUGAUAAGAAGGAAAACGUUUUUGAUAACAAGGAGAAUGUUUCAAAUACCAAAGAACCCGUUUCAGAGGAGAACGUUUCAGAUAACAAGGAAAACGUUUCUGAUAAGGAAGAACCCGUUUCAGAUAACAAAGAAAACGUUUCUGAUAACAAGGAAAACGUUUCUGAUAAAAAUAAAACUGUUUCUGAUAACAAGGAGGACGUUUCUAAUACCAAAGAAACCGUGUCGAAGGAAAACGUUUCUGAUGCCAAAGAAAUCGUUUCUAACAACAAAGAACCCGCUUCAGAUAACAAGGAUAACGUCUCUGAUAACAAAGCAAUCGUCUCUGAUAACAAAGAAACUGUCUCUGAUAACAAGGAUAACGUCGCUGAUAACAAAGAACCCGUUUCUGAUAACAAGGAGAACGUCUCAGAGGGAAAAGUUUCAGAUAACAAGGAAAACGUGCCUGAUAACAAACAGCCCGUUUCUGAUACCAAGGAGAACGUUUCUGAUAAUAAAGAGAACGUCUCUGAUACCAAAAAUACUACUGAUAGUAAGGAGAAAGUUUCUGAUAACAAAGAAAACAUUACUGAUAGCAAGGAUUCCAUCUCUGAUAAUAAAGAUGAUGGAGUUUCUACAAAUGAUAGCGUUUUUUCUGUUGCAAAAUCUGUUCAAGAAAGUAAAGAGAAAAUUGCUACGGAGAACCUCAAUACUGAUGAUAAAAUCGAGCGUAAGGAGAAAGCUACUACUGAUGUCAACAAGAACACUGAUUCCAUCGUAAAGGAAAAUGCUUCUGUUGAAAAAGAUAAUUUGAAUACUCCUACCAUUAGCAAAGAAAAGGAUGUCAAUGAUACAGUUCCCUUGAAUGCCAAUGCUGACAAUAUAGAAAAUGCUACAAACAAUGAGCCCGUCAAGGAAGAUAAAAGCAAAGAGAAUGCCAUUGAAAAUAUCAACAAGGAUACUGUUGUUGUGAAUGAAGUUAAAGAAGAUGGAGAAAUCCAUGAUAAUGAUAAGGGCUCUACUGAGAAGAGUAAAGAUAAUGCCUUGGUCAAUGAUAAUGGUGACAAAACAGUGGAAGUCAAAGAGAGCACUGAAAAGGAUAAUGCUGAGGAGAUGCAGAAGGGUAAAGAUAAUACCUCAGCUAUUGAAGAUGAUGGUGACAAAACUGUUGAAGUCGUAAAGAGCACUGAAAAGAAUAACGCAGAAGAAAUCCAGAAGGCUAAAGGUAAUUCCUCAGAGAUUCAGAAGAAUAAAGAUUCAGCUAUUGAAGAUGAUGGCGACAAAACUGUUGAAGUCAAAGAGAGCAUUGAAAAGGCUAGUGAUGAAGAAAUUCAUAAAGAUAAUUCCUCGUUUAUGGAAAAAGAGGGUGUUACAGAUGCCAAGGAAACCACUGAAAAGGAUAAUGUUGAAUCCACAACAAGUGAUAAUGUUCUCGCUACUGAUAAGGCAACAGAGAAUGGUCCAAAUGACGAUAAAUCAGUUGGUAAGGACCUAAACGAAGAAAUUGCAGAGAAGAACGUUGCCGAUAAAUCUGAAAACAAGGAGAAAGCUGAUAGUGUUGUGGAUGGAACAGACGGUAAAAACAAAGAUGAGAACAAGGGCAACGCCAAUAAUGACUCUUCCAUGUCAAAAGAUUCUGGAUCUGCUGAAGAAGAUAAAGAGAAUAUUGCCGAAACUAAAGAGAAUGCUUCUAAUUCUGUGAAUGAGACAGACUAUAAAAAGGAAGAUGAAAAGAAUGACAACGCCAUUCAUGACUCGUCUUCUAUGUUCAAAGAUUUUGGUUCUGCCGAAGAAGACAAAGAGAAUGAUGCUGACACCAAAGAAAAUGCUUCGAAUGAUGACGCAGUUUUAGAAAGUGGCAAAAAGGAUGAAGUUCCCUCCGACAAGGAGAAUGCAGUAACUGAUCAUUGAGAGAGGGAGAGAUACAAUUUUUUAUUGCGAAAGAGAAGUGUACAUAUACGAUUUUAAAACAUUUACCUUUUUGAAAGACGAGAGAAUC